CUUCUUCCAACCCCAGUCACCCACAUUCACCAGCAACAACAACAACACUCACUUAUGCAAUGACGCGCACCGACCACCACUCGCACCCAACACACUCCUUCCCCGUAUACUGCCUCGACUGGGCAGACGACGACACGGCCAUCCUCGGCGGCGGCGGCGGCGCAAGCCGCAGCGGCAUCGCCAACAAGUUUAAACUCGUCAAGGUGUCCAAGGAUGGGCGCAAGGUUGAGCCCGUGUUCGAGCUCGCGCUCAGCAGCGACGAGGACGCGCCGAUGACGAUCGCGACGGACCGGGCGGCAAAGCAGUUCGUGACGGGCAUCAACGCGUCCCAGGCGUCCAUCGAGGCCGGACAGAACCAGCAGGCGCGCCUGUUCUCGUACAGCGCGAAAGAGCUCGAGUAUGUCGCGUCGCAGCAGACACUACACGCCAAGUGGUCGGACGACUACCCAUACCAAAAACUCACCGCCAUCACGCCCGGCUUUGUCGCCGUCGGCACGACAGAUGACGAGUUUGCGAUUCUCAAGGUCCCAAGCCUCGAGAUUGUCGUCUCACCACGCAGUCCUGGCGCCGGCGAGCUCGUCGACCUCGCCUGGGGAGGCCCACAGGGUUCAUGGCUUGCUGUGACCACCAGCAAGGCCAUCAACGUCUUCGACUUUGACUCGGACGAGAAGACCAAGCUCAGCCUUCUCCAGUCGAUCCCCUUGCCAACGAUCGACGACCUCCCGCUCGUGUUCCGAGCUGCUCGGUUCUCUCCAGAGAUCCCCUCAUGCCCCAACAUCUUCGCCGUGCUCAACUCGACAAACUCGCCGUCGCGCAAGGGCAAGAGCAAGGCGCGCAAGGCGUUCGUCGCCAAGUACGCAGCAUCUGUUUCCGACCAGCAGGAGCCGUCGCAGGACAAGAACGACGACGAGAAGCCAUCAAAAGUCAAGGGCAUCGCAUGGGAGCUCGCGACCAAGCGCGAGGUCUCGUCAAAGCCCGUCACCGUCUUUGACAUUAGCUCAAAUGGCCAUCUCGUGUCAUAUGGCUCGUCUGACCUCUCAAUCGGCCUGCUGGAUACCAACACGCUAGCGCCCCUGCUCAAGAUUCUGCAAGCACAUUCCUUCCCGCCGACGGCACUCAAGUUCAACCCAUCCGCAACCCUCCUCGUGUCUGCUAGCGCCGACAACACGUUACGGGCGAUUGUUAUCCCGACCAGCUUUGGUGGAGUGUCGUUCUCUCUAGUGGCCCUCAUCCUUGCCAUCCUCGUUAUCUUUAUCGCUCUGCUUGCGCACAAGUACGGAAAAGGCGACAGGAAGGAAAGGUAUGCCGCUGCCCGCAAGCCGCGCCGCUCACCCCCAGUCGCCAUCAAGAAGAUCAAGGUCGGCGAGAUGAAGGACGGGCUGGACAUGACCGCCUUGCGCGAGGUCAAGUUCCUGCAGGAGCUGCACCACCCGAACAUCAUUGCUCUCCUCGACGUCUUCAGCGUCAAGCAAAACGUCAACCUGGUCCUCGAGUUCCUCGACACGGACCUCGAGGCCGUGAUCCGCGACAAGGCGCUCAUCUUCCAGACGGCCGACAUCAAGUCGUGGAUGGCCAUGUCGCUGCGCGGGCUGGAAUACAUCCACCGCAACGGCGUGCUGCAUCGUGAUCUCAAGCCAAACAACUUGCUCAUCGCCUCCACCGGCGAGCUCAAGGUGGCCGACUUUGGCCUCGCGCGGGAAUUUGGUGACGCGGCGUCCCGCAUGACCUGUCAGGUCAUUACGCGGUGGUACCGCCCACCCGAGCUGCUCUGGGGCUCGCGCUACUACUCGCCCGCAGUCGACAUGUGGUCGAUCGGCACAAUCCUCGUCGAGCUCGUGUUGCGCGUGCCGUUCCUCGCGGGCGACUCGGACAUUGACCAGCUCAAGAAGACGUUCCAUGCCAUGGGCUCUCCGACGGAAACAGACUGGCCAGGCCACACAAAGCUGCCAGACUACCACGAGAUCCCCGGGUACCCCAAGAACCCCUGGUGGAAUAUGGUCGCCUCGCUGGGCAAGGACGGCCAGGACCUCGCCCGAGAACUACUGCGUUACGACCCAAAACUUCGCCCUACGGCUAGGAAGGCCCUCUACCACCCCUUCUUUACCGCUCCGCCACGCCCCACACCGCCCAUCCUCCUCCCCAAGCCUUUGGCAGAGCUCCGCCCGCGCGCCGUCGCACCUCAGGACACGCGGCCACAGGUGGAGUCGGGCACCAAGCGCAAGGCAGAGUCUCCCAACGGAACAGCAUUAGAGCGCAGUGUGGCGCGCAAGCUCACGUUUGCAUAG